AUGACCCGAGGAGAUUUAAGUCACCACCGGCAGUCUGUCCAUGCUGCAAGUCAUAAUGGCAGAGUGAAGAUGGGAGACUGGAACUUCCUUGGGGGGAUUUUGGAGGAGGUGCACAUCCAUUCCACUAUGGUUGGCAAGAUCUGGCUCACCAUCCUGUUCAUCUUCCGUAUGCUGGUCCUUGGGGUGGCAGCUGAGGAUGUGUGGAACGACGAGCAGGCUGACUUCAUAUGCAACACAGAGCAGCCUGGAUGUAGAAACGUGUGCUACGACCUGGCUUUCCCUAUCUCCCUCAUCCGCUACUGGGUGCUGCAGGUCAUUUUUGUGUCUUCCCCUUCGCUGGUUUACAUGGGCCACGCUCUCUACAGGCUGCGGGCCCUUGAGAAGGCACGGCAGAAGAAGAAGGCCCUGCUGCGGAAGGAACUGGAGCUGGUCGAUGUGGAGUUGGCAGAAGCCAGGAAGAGGAUUGAGCGGGAAAUGAAGCAGCUCGAUCAGGGGAAGCUCAACAAAGCCCCUCUGAGGGGCUCUCUCCUGCGUACCUAUGUGGCUCACGUUGUCACUCGCUCUGUUGUUGAAGUGGCCUUCAUGACAGGCCAGUAUGUCCUUUAUGGCUUUCACCUCUACCCGCUCUUCAGGUGUGAGCGGGAUCCUUGUCCCAAUGCUGUAGACUGUUAUGUUUCCAGACCAACAGAGAAAAGUGUCUUUAUGGUGUUCAUGCAAUGCAUUGCCGCAAUUUCCCUCUUCCUGAACAUCUUGGAGAUCAUGCAUCUGGGUUACAAGAAGAUCAAAAAGGGUAUCUUGGACUUCUACCCUCACUUGAGAGACGAGAGAGAUGAAUUUGAUGAUUACUAUGCCAACAGGUGUAAAAAAGAAUCCGUCGUGCAAAUAUGCACCGGUGCAGCCCGAAAGGCAACAAUUGCCUCUGCACCCAGUGACUACAACCACUUGAUGGAGAGGGUGCAGGGCACAAUUAUGUACCCAAACCUUAUCAAACCUUCAACUUUUCUGCCUCUUCAGGGUGAACUGGCCACUCAGCAGGAUUUGGAUGAUUCCAGAUGCUCAGCUCAAAGCCCCCCAGAUUGUAAUUGCACCUCGACUACCAACGAGCCCUGCUCGCCGUGCUGCGACUCCCUGAUUAAUCCAAAGCAGCAGGCUGAGGACUUUUUGCAUCUUCCCCCACAGAGCAAGGAGGACGACAGCAGUGAAAGAGGGAGUCCAGACUCUCCAAAAUGCCCACAGAAGGCAGCUCACAGUUCCUCCUUCCCCACACUGCCAGUCAGUGCGUCAAGGCGGCCAUGGAGGGCUCAGGACUCUUUCAAAUGCUCCACAGUUUUGGAGGGUAAAAGCUCUGACACUGAUUCAUAUGGGGGUGCAAAAGCCAGUGGCGGACCUCCCUGCUCUCGAACACACACAUCAAAAUCAGAUGCCAAACAUCAAAGCCGGCCCUCCACCCCAGAGUCACUGGAUGACUCCAGCUCAGGAUCCAGGUACAACCCCAGACCACCUUCCUCCAACUGUAAAACAUCACUGGCAAGUAAUACAAGCAGCAGACGAGCGCCAGACCUGCAAAUCUAA